CUAAUCGUUGCCACGAUGUCGAGCGGGCAGGUACUCAAGGCGGACAAGGACUUCUCGAAGGAGGUUGAUAAGGUGCUUCCCGAGGCCGAGAAGAUUGGAAAGAGCGACCCCCAAGCUGCGAUCGAGAAGCUCUUGUUGCUUGAGAAGCAAACUCGCCAGGCCUCAGAUCUUGCCUCAACGUCUCGUAUUCUCGUUGGGAUAUGCACAAUAGCCAAGGACGCUGGAGAGUGGAGCUUGUUGAACGAACAGGUGCUGCUGCUUUCGAAGAAACAUGGCCAGCUUAAACAAGCUACCACCAAGAUGGUGCAGACAGUUAUGACCUUUAUGGAUGCCACACCCAAUUUGGAGACUAAGCUAUCAGUCAUCGAGACGCUGCGAACGGUCACCGAAGGAAAGAUCUUCGUCGAAGUCGAACGCGCGCGUAUCACCCGGAUACUUUCCAACAUUAAGAAGGAGCAGGGCGACGUCAAUGCCGCAACAGACAUUCUAUGCGAGCUCCAGGUGGAGACUUUCGGAUCGAUGACUCGCCGGGAGAAGACCGAAUUCAUCUUACAGCAGGUGGCGCUGUGCAUACAAAGCGGCAAAUGGACACAAGCAGGCAUCCUCAGCAGGAAGAUCAGCACACGGUAUUUUACGAGGAAGCCGAAGAAGUCACCUGAGCAAUUGGAGAAGGAGCAGAAAGAGCGGGAAGAGAAGGAGAAGACGCGGAGUGCGGAUGAUCCACCCAUAGAGCCCGAAGAUGAUGUGACGGACCUCAAGCUCCGAUACUACGAGCAACAAAUCACUUUGGCCAAACACGACGACAAAUACCUCGAUAUCUGCAAGCAUUACCGACAAGUUCUGGACACUGAGGCUGUGGAAGAGGAUCCCAACAAACUCAAAGCGAUUCUCCAACGUGUAAUCUACUUCAUCAUCCUCGCACCUUACGACAACGAACAGUCUGAUCUCAUCCACCGCAUCCAGCGUGACUCAAGGAAUUCCAUGAUUUCCGAAGAUGCGCAACUUGUCAAACUCUUUACCAUUCCAGAGCUAAUGCGAUGGCCCAUGGUUGCUAAACAGUUUGGUCCACACCUCACGGAGACGGAUGUAUUUGAUGCAGAGGCGGACGAUUCGGACGAUGAGAAAGCCUACAAGAGGUGGCAGGACUUGCGCAAGCGAGUCAUUGAGCACAACGUUCGCGUUGUUGCGAAAUACUACACUCGCAUCCAGAUUCCUAGAUUAACGGAGCUCCUCGACCUUACAGAGGACGAGACGGAGAAGUACAUUAGCGAGUUGGUCACUGCGAAGACGAUCCACGCCAAAAUUGACCGACCUGCGCGCAUUGUGAGCUUCGCGAAGCCUCGCGAUGCCGACGAUGUGCUGAACGAGUGGAGCGGAAACAUGAAGAGUCUCUUGGGCCUGCUGGAGCGCAUUGAUCAUCUCAUCACCAAGGAGGAGAUGAUGGCCCGCAUCCAGCCCACAAAAGUCGACAAGAAGGCAGCAGCCAAAGGCAAAGCGAAAUGA